AUGUACAAAGAAUUUCUUUCAGAAUUCUUUUAUUCUCUAAGAACAUUUCGUUUUCAAUGUGUUGCUUUGGCAAAGGAAAGCAGCCGCAUUGUGGGUGGACAGCCGGCUUUAAUCGAAACAUACCCAUCGCUGGUCCAAGUAGAGUCAUACCAGAUCUUUGGAGACUUUUGGUCUCAGUCAUGCGCUGCCAAUAUUCUCACUUCUAAAUACGCUCUUACUGCAGCUCAUUGCUUUGCUGGAUCCUUGUACUCACCCGCAUAUCGUCGCAUCAGAGCUGGUACCACCGAUCGCAACAUAGGCGGCGUUGUGGUCUACGUAGAACGAUCAUACAACCAUCCCAGCUACGGUCAAUUGGGUAAUGAUGGCGACAUCUCCGUGAUUCUUCUACAGUCAGCCCUAACAUAUACUCCAGUAGUACAGCAGGGUACAAUCAUCGCACCGGGCGGGAUUGUCCCAGAUAAUGUCCCAGUGGUGCAUGCUGGUUGGGGCGCAACUUCGCAAGGUGGCUUCCCAUCUAACGUACUUCUUGACACCACUAUCUACACAGUGAAUAACGCACUCUGCGCCGAGCGUUACCUUUCCCUUCCCACACCCGGAAUUGUCACUGAAAACAUGAUUUGCGCUGGACUUUUGGACGUUGGAGGACGCGACGCUUGCCAAGGUGACUCCGGUGGUCCCCUUUACUACGGCAACAUCAUCGUUGGUAUCGUCUCCUGGGGUCAUGGCUGCGCUAACGCCACCUACCCAGGAGUCAGCACCGCGGUCGGUCCAUACACAGAGUGGAUUGUAUCGAUCGCUUCUUAA